AUGGCUUCACAUUCAGCUCUGCCACAGAAUAAUUCAAAAGUCAAGGUUAAAGUGGGAGAGGAGGAAUGCCUCAUCGAUACCGAGAAGAUCCCAUACUUUGCAGCUUUCACCAGAUUCCAGGACCUCUCUGGUCAAAGUGCAGCUUCGGUGCCCGUGCACGGCGAUAUUCCUUUCUUUACCAUUAUCAACCAAUGCGUUGACAUCGGCUACAGGAACUUCUUCCUCAAGCUGCCCCUGAACCUUCAGGACUAUCACACAGUCUGCGAGACCCUGCACUUUCUUGCCAUCGAUCUUUUAAAGGGACAGAAACUUCGUGAUGUCUUCGACGAAAUGAAGAAGGGGAAGACGGACUUCGACGACUACGGAAAAGCGGUGAAAGGACACCGAAGGGCGGCACGGGACGCGGCAUUCAAGCUACUGUACUUGUUCCUUGUCGACGAAUUCGAGUCCGAUAUCAAGGACAGCAACAUGGCAUUCAACGCAACACUUUUCGUGGUGUCGCAUCCAGGCAUCUUCAAGGCUGCGGCUCGAAAGAUGGUGCGAGCUGCGUUUGAAGAGCGCUUUGUCGUUUCGGACAAACAGCAAAAGGGCCUCAACAAAUGGCCGAUCACGGGCCCUGUUGGAGAGGAGUGGCGAGAGGAUGACAGGACAACAGACGAGGAACCUGCUGACUUUUACUCGGACUGGUCGGACUUUUCUGAUUGA